GACUCUCCUCAACCGCUCACCACCCGCACCAGCCGAGAUACCUCAGUCGCCUUCCGCCGCCACCGAGAAUCUCCACACGCCGCCAAAAUGGUCAAGACCUCCGUCCUUAACGAUGCGCUCAACGCCAUCAACAACGCCGAGAAGGCUGGCAAGCGCCAGGUCCUGAUCCGUCCUUCCUCCAAGGUCAUUGUCAAGUUCCUCCGCGUCAUGCAGAAGCACGGCUACAUUGGCGAGUUCGAGGAGGUCGACGACCACCGCAACGGCAAGAUUGUCAUCCAGCUCAUCGGCCGUAUCAACAAGACCGGUGUCAUCUCCCCUCGCUACAACGUCCAGCUCCGCGACAUGGAGAAGUGGGUCGUCAAGCUACUCCCCUCUCGUCAAUUCGGUUUCAUCGUUCUGACCACCUCUGCUGGUAUCAUGGACCACGAGGAGGCCCGCAGGAAGCACGUUGCCGGCAAGAUUCUGGGUUUCUUCUACUAG